CACCGCAGCCACCUCCCCGCCAGCUCUCCCUGCAGGCUCCGCCGCCCGACCUCGUGCCCAGCCCCAUGGCCCGCGCCGCCACCCCCGCUGCCUCCUGCGCUCCCCGGCUCCUCCGGGCGGCGCUGCUGCUCCUGCUCCUGGUCGCCGCCGGCCGCCCCUCCACAGCGGCGCCCGUGCUCGGUGAACUGCGCUGCCAGUGCUUCCAGGCCCUGCAGGGCGUCCACCUCAAGAACAUCCAAAGUGUGAAGGUGACGUCCCCGGGACCCCACUGCGACCAGACCGAAGUCAUAGCCACUCUCAAGAAUGGGCAGGAAGCCUGUCUCGACCCCACAGCCCCCAUGGUUAAGAAAAUCAUCGACAAGAUGCUAAAAAAGAUGUUUCCAGUGUCCUCCACUCCACGCCAAACACCUGUUCGAAUGAAUGAGGGUAAAUGUGUGUUCCUGAAAAAUGAAGUAGAUUUGGCUAAUGAUGCUAGAAUGCUUCUAUCAAUUAAGGAGUAA